AUGAAGUCGGUCAAAGUAGGGGCCGUGCCGAAUGACCCAGAUGAGAGAGAUGUGAGGAUUCUGCCGGUGAUUUUUGACACGGCAGAUGAACGUUGGAGAACAGUCAACGAAGCGGUUCCGGAUUUUGAAGAGAUUGACUUCGACGAUUUCCCGCUCCAGGGUCCACGGACAGUAGCCCACGACUGUCGCCAGCUUCGCAGGCUUGGCCAAGACUUUCUCCAGCACCAUGAGUCCUGGCUGAAGAAAUCAGGAGUGCGGGUGACUGAUAGAUCUGUUCACGAACACUCUUCGAUCUGCAGAGCGCUCAACCACAUGCUCAGCUAUGACCAGCUCAACCUGCCAGCCUUGGCGUCUGCAGAGGCGCUGAACAGGCGCUGGACCUUGAUUGAACGCGCGCAUCGAGGGCGGCCCGAAGCUCCAGUAUACGAUGCUGCAGAAGAGUUUUUGGGAGUCCGGGAUAGCGCUGAUGGUUCAUUGAUUGAUCCGGCAUUGGCAUUGCACGCUGCUCGACGACAGGCCUCGAAGGCCGAGGUGAUGAAGCAAACCCGCUUGGCAGCAGAGGAGAAGAGGCUGAGCCGAAAAGGCGAUGGGAAGGGAGGAAAAGAUGGGGGUAAGAGCUUGAACCGACUUGCUGGCUUCAUGGAUGAGAGUGCAUGGCCAUCAACACCUCUGAAUUUUGCUCAGCGAUCUGCUCUCUGGAACGUGCACGAGGCUCAUUCGACGAGAGCCCCACCUCCGGAAGCAGAGAGCCCGCAGGCCGCGUUGAGACAGCUGCUGCGGAAGAAGGUACCUUCUGUCUAUGAUGAUGGGGGGGGACCAGGCCUUUUGGUUGGCUAUGAGAGGUCGAAGGUGUCGUUGCCGAGAGGGCAGCGCAAACCCGUCGACUUGACAGGAUUGCUGCCACAGCGAGAGAAGGAGCAACUCCAAGACUUUCGAAGCCAUAUGUAUCACUUGCGAUGGUUGCCUUCUGAGCGAAAUGUGGCUGACAAGGACAGCCGUCGCUGGGAGGAAGCAAAGCCAGUGGUACAGGUCUUCACAAAGCAGAAGACAGAGCAACGCAACCCAUCGGCUGGACCUUCGCAACUUGGUCAAGUCAGUGGAAAGGAAACGCAAAAAGGCUCAACAGAGACAAUGACCAUCCUGGAGCUUGCAAGCCUGAAGGAUGGACAGAGGAAGGACUAUGCGAGACGGCUAGAGCAGUUCUACGACUUUGUAGCAAGACACCAGCUUCCCAUCGAGACCGAAGGAAAGUUGGACGAAGCAAUGUGCGACUUCGCGGACGAGCUCUUUCUCAAUGGGGAGGAUUCUCACGCGGGAGAGAAGCUCAAAGCUGCGUUGGAAUAUGCCCGACCAGAGGGCAUUCGGGAGGGCUACCUUCAUCUGCCGAGAUUCAAGAGAGCUAUGAAGGGGUGGCGAAAAUUGGCACCCAACCAAACACGUCUUCCCAUGCUGGAAGUCCUGAAGAGUGCAAUCAGCGGCAUCAUGAUAGCCAUGAGACAGCCGCAAAUGGUUCUCUUCAACGAAGUCACUUACAGCACCUAUGGCCGACCAGGCGAGAUUCUCCGGGUUCAGCCAUGGGACAUUGUGGCCAAGACCUCCAACUUCAGUCGCGACGUGAUAGUGCUGAGCCCACUCGAGAGAGGAGAAUCCUCAAAGGCUGGGAUCUUCGACGAAACCUUGAUCCUGGACGAUUCAAGGGCACCAGCGCCAUGGCUGGGAGAACUGCUGAAAAGGGAGCCCAAGCAGAAGAUAGCGGCUCAACUAGCAGAGCAACCCCUGUGGGACUUCAAUGCGGCUCAGUUUCUUCGAGUCUGGCGCCAGUGUGUGGACAUCUUGGGCAUUCCAGAAAUAGCUCAGUCACCUUACCAGAACAGACAUGGAGAGGCCAGUCGGGAUCACUUGCUGAAACUGAGGUCUGUGCCAGAGAUCCAGCGACGCGGCCGGUGGGCGAGCGAUGCAAGCGCUCGCAUUUACGGCAAACCGGGUCGACUCCAGCAGGCCAUGAAUCAGUUCGGUCAGAAGUGGAGCAAGCUUGGAGAAGACGCGCGGCAGAACUUCCCUCGCUACUACCUCAAUGGCACUGUCCCUCUCCCAGCCACUGUGAGAAAGGCGGUCGCCCAGAUUGUAGCGGCGUGA